AUGUUUGGUAUUUCCUGUCAGCUGAGUCAGCAGUACCGUCGUCGGUGUUUCCGGCUGCAGACCUUCAGAUCUCUCAGACCUGUUCAGCCGCUCGGCUUCAGGUGUGACCGAACGGCCCACGUGUUGACGAGCAGGACGCUGCACACCUGCACAGUGAAUCGAGGACCAAUAGUCCAGUUCAAACUGUCCGACAUCGGUGAGGGAAUCAUGGAGGUGACAGUGAAGGAGUGGUACGUGAAGGAGGGCGAUAAGGUGUCUCAGUUUGACAGUAUCUGUGAGGUUCAGAGCGACAAGGCGUCCGUCACCAUCACCAGCCGCUACGAUGGCGUCAUCAAGAAGCUCUACUACGACGUGGACGCCACCGCCUUGGUGGGCAAACCGCUAGUGGACAUUGAGACAGAAUCCAGCUCAGAGGUGAUCCAGGAGGAGGAUGUGGUCGAGACGCCCGCCAUGGCCCGAGAAGAACACACCCACCAAGAGAUCAAAGGUCACAAGACUCAGGCCACGCCCGCCGUCAGACGCCUGGCCAUGGAGAACAACAUAAAGCUCAGUGAGGUGGUGGGGACGGGGAAAGACGGACGGAUACUGAAGGAGGACAUCCUGAACUUCCUGGCGAAGCAGACGGGCGCCAUCAUCCCUCCGACCCUGUUCCAAGAGAUCCAGACCUCACCCCUGGUCCCGCCCCCUGGUGCUGCCAAACCCGUCGGCUCUGUGGCAGCAGCCAAACCUCCACCGGCCAUGCCCAGACCUGUCUUCACUGGCAAGGACGUCACAGAGCCCCUCAAAGGUUUCCACAAAGCGAUGGUGAAGACUAUGACGGCGGCGCUGAAGAUUCCUCACUUCGGUUACUGUGACGAGGUGGACCUGAGCCGCCUGGUGUCUCUGAGGGCAGAGCUCCGGUCCAUCGCUGAAGGUCGCGGCGUCAAACUAAGCUACAUGCCGUUCUUCAUCAAGGCCGCCUCCCUAGGCCUCCUCCACUUCCCGAUCCUCAACGCCUCAGUGGACGAAGGCUGCCAGAACAUCACGUACAAGGCAUCUCAUAACAUCGGCCUGGCGAUGGACACCAGUCAGGGUCUGCUGGUUCCCAACGUGAAGAACGUUCAGCUGCUCAGCGUAUUCGAGAUCGCUCAGGAGUUAAACCGUCUGCAGGCGCUCGGAGCUGCAGGUCAGCUGGGAACCAACGAGUUGAGUGGAGGAACCUUCACGCUGUCCAACAUCGGCUCAAUUGGAGGGACGUAUGCCAAACCCGUCAUCCUUCCUCCUGAAGUUGCCAUCGGAGCGCUGGGAAAAAUCCUGGUUCUUCCUCGUUUCGACGCCGAUGGUCAGGUGGUACAAGCUCACAUCAUGAACGUCAGCUGGUCGGCAGAUCAUCGCAUCAUCGACGGGGCCACCAUGUGUCGGUUCUCCAACCUGUGGAGGGAGUACCUGGAGAACCCGGCCACCAUGGUGCUGGACCUCAAAUAGACAGAGCACUAUUUCCCAUCAGCCCCGGUGAGGACGACGACCACGACCACCUUCAUCAGGGCUCCUCCUCCACACGCCUUCGCUGCCUCUUUCUCUGUUUGAGGCCUUCACGCUCACUCACUAUCAUUUCCUUGUUGCCUUUGAGCAAGGCGCCGUGAGGAGGAGGAGGGGUCAAUCACACUGUUACCAUGACGACCAAUAACACACACACACACACACACACACACACACACACAGUGGAGGUCAGAGGUGGUUAGUUUGGUUAAAUGUUUAAAGAACAAAAACAUUGAACAAUGAUCUUUAAUGUUUCAGAGAAUCAACCGCAAACUCUUCAAACUACUGACAGACACCAGCUGACUCGGUGAGUCCCCUAAACCGGUGAACCAAUGAACCGGUGACCCCCUAAACCGGUGAACCAAUGAACCGGUGACCCCCUAAACCGGUGAACCAAUGAACCGGUGACCCCCUAAACCGGUGAACCAAUGAACCGGUGACCCCCUAAACCGGUGAACCAAUGAACCGGUGACCCCCUAAACCGGUGAACCAAUGAACCGGUGACCCCCUAAACCGGUGAACCAAUGAACCGGUGACCCCCUAAACCGGUGAACCAAUGAACCGGUGACCCCCUAAACCGGUGAUUUGGUGAACCGGUGAAGUGAAGCUUUUAUUUUUAGUGUCCAGCUGGUCUGAAUCUGACCCUGUGGAGCAGCGAUCAGCAGCUGCUCUCAGGUCAGUUUGUAGUUCUCUUCCUGAAACAUUAAACUGCAGUGUCUCCUGUGAUAAAUUGUUCCUCUAAAUCCAGAUCAGGUAGAACCAUGUUCCUGUUCAUCGAACAUGCCAGAGACACCUGACAGGAACCAAAACUGAGUUAUGAUGUUGUUCCAGUAGAUUAUUGACUCUUAAUGAAAUAAGUUUUUUGGGGGCUAAGUUAAUGAUUCUGAUGAAGGUCUGUGUGUCGACAUUAAAGAAAUUAGAUUUUUAUUCUUUUUUUUUUCCUUUCUUCAAAAGGGGUUUUUGCCCAACCCAUUUUUU